AUGGCUAAAUUUAAAAGUAGGCGGUUGAGAAGAACCGCCAAAAAGCAAUCGAAAAGAGAAAAGGAAGAAGCAAAGUGGGAUAACUUUUCAAAAACUGGACAGAAAAAUGGACGUCAAGGCAAAAACAGCGACAAGUCCAACAACAACAUCAACGAACAACACAGCAUGUCAAAAAGUGAGAAAGUGGAAAGAAAGACGUUUCAGAAAUACAGGAAGAAAACGGUGUCAGUUGAUUCAGAAGAGGAAGAAGUGGAAGUUGUCCCUGAGAAGUCGGUGUCGGCCAAGUCAGCUCUAACAGAAACAGACACCUCUGAUGAUGACACAGAUAAGGAAUUCGAGGAAACCAGAAAACUUGUUACGGAACAGAACCGCAAGAAAAGGAAGUCUGGUGGAUUCCAGUCCAUGGGCUUAUCACAUUCCGUUUACACUGGAAUUAUAAGAAAGGGUUACAAAGUUCCCACACCUAUCCAGAGGAAGACAAUUCCACUUAUUCUGGACGGGAAGGAUUUGGUUGCCAUGGCCAGAACAGGAAGUGGUAAAACUGCAGCGUUUCUUAUUCCUCUGUUUGAGAAGCUGAAGUCGCACUCUGGGAAUGCGGGCGCCAGGGCAAUCAUCAUGUCGCCCACAAGAGAGCUGGCGUUACAGACUCUCAAGUUUACCAAAGAGCUUGGAAGAUUCAUGGGGCUGAGAGCAGCUGUGAUUUUGGGAGGUGAUAGGAUGGAAGACCAGUUUUCUGCUCUUCAUAACAGCCCAGACAUAAUUAUCGCCACUCCUGGACGAUUCCUGCACGUGCUGGUGGAAAUGGAGCUGAAGCUAACCUCUGUGGAGUACGUGGUGUUUGAUGAGGCCGACAGAUUGUUUGAGAUGGGAUUCAGGGAGCAGCUCCAUGAGAUCAUACACCGCCUGCCUGAGACUCGCCAAACGGUCCUCUUCUCGGCCACUUUACCAAAGCUACUGGUUGAGUUUGCCAAAGCCGGGCUCCAUGACCCGGCACUCAUCAGACUGGAUGUGGAUUCUAAAAUCAGUGAACAGUUACAGAUGUCAUAUCUGCGGUGCCGAGCUGAUGACAAGCCCGCGGUCUUACUGAGCCUCUUGUCUGAUAUAAUCCCGCCUUUCCAGCAGACUGUUGUCUUCGCCGCCACAAAGCACCAUGUGGAGUACAUCCAUUUAUUACUAACCGCAGCAGGAGUGACCAGCAGUUACAUCUACAGCUCUCUUGACCAGACAGCCAGGAAGAUCGCGGUUGCUAAAUUUCAGCACAAGAAGUGCUCUGUGUUGAUCGUGACGGAUCUGGCCGCCAGAGGGAUAGACAUACCCAUGUUGGAUAAUAUCAUCAACUACAACUUCCCCGCAAAACCCAAACUGUUUGUUCACAGAGUUGGCAGAGUUGCCCGCGCAGGCCGCAGUGGUGUGGCAUAUUCGCUUGUCUCCCCAGACGAGGCACCAUUCCUCAUUGAUUUACAUCUGUUCCUGGGAAGACCACUGAAAAUUGUGACAUCAGAUAAGAAAUUAGAAGAUACAGAUGGUUGCUAUGGACAGGUUCCCCAGUCUGUGAUAGAUGAACAGAAUCAACACAUCCUACUGUGGACACAAGCCUCUACAGAUCUGCAAAACAUGAAGAGAGUUUGCUCAAACGCCUACAAGCAGUAUGUCAGGUCAAGGCCGGCACCAUCUGUCGAAUCAGUCAAGCGGUGCAAGGAGAUGGUGCGAGACCAGGUGGCAAUGGGAAUACAUCCGAUAUUUGGCAAUGUUGACCAAGAAACAGAGGAAGAGAGAUUAAAGCUGCUAAAUGCCAUGAAAACCUACAAACCUGUUGCGACAAUAUUUGAGAUAAACUCAACGACAAAAAACAAAGCCAUGGUUGUGAUGAAACAAAAGAGGAGCUUCCAUGGAGGUACCAUAGUUUCCAAUACCAAACGGGUGAUGGAAAAACGAGAAUCUGACAACAAAGCGGAGAGUGAGGAGUCCACUUCACUGGUUCAGAGUACGCAGGAUGAUGUUCAGACUACCUUUUCCACAGUCAUUGUGUCCAAAAAAUAUCAUGACUCUGACUCGAGUGAAAAACGAGGCAAGAAACAGAGACGAAUACAGGUCAAGGAUGAGGAGAAUUACCUGAGUUACAGACCCUCGGAUUUCCAAAGUGAAAAAGGGUUGAGUUUGGGGGGCAGUUUUGAGCAGCAGGUGACUGGAGCAGUCUUAGAUCUUACCGGGGAUGAAUCCAAAUCCAUGAGUAGUGCAGCAAACCAGCUUAAAUGGGACAGAAGAAAGAAGAAAUAUGUCAGAGUGGGAGCUGGGCAAGACCCAAAGAAUCGCAAGAUUCAGACAGAAAGUGGAGCGUGGAUUCCAGCGUCUUACAGAUCCAACGUUUACAAAGAUUGGUUAAACAAGAACAAGAUGGCGGAUGGCGGCGGCGAUGAUAGCGACAAGGAAGACAACUCUGCGCAUAACAGGUUCUCGGCGUCAGGAACCACGAACAGGCAGAAGCGAUGGCACACGGCCGGUCCAGAUAAUUCCAAGUCAGGACCUUCUGGACAGAAAAAGUUCAGAUUUGGCAGCAAGGAAAAGGAAAUACGUCGACCAGAGCAGAUUUUAAAGGAACGUCGGAAGAAAGCCAAGCAAUACGCUUUCCAAAUGAAACGCCAAAACAUGAGACAAAGACGGAGAAACUUUCAAUCCAGUCGCACGAAGAAAGGAACGCGGUGAAACUGUCAAGUUCUGGAUUGUGUAAAUUGUUUGAAAACAUGACC